AUGACCUAUGGCUUCCCCUUUGAUGAGGUCAAACCCAUCUCUUGUGUGCCCAAUAAACGAAAUAUUAGAGAUCCUACCGAUACCGUACGAAACGAUGUUAUGGGUAACUUCACUGUUACACUAUUUGACAAUCUCGAUACUUUUAUUGUAAUGAACGACUCUGAGGGGUUUCAGAAAUCUGUUGAGACAAUCAAAUCGCUGUACACGAAGUUCGACAUCGACUCAACUGUCCAAGUAUUUGAAACUAACAUUCGUGUACUUGGUGGAUUAUUAAGUGCACAUCUAUUUGCAUCCGAUCCUAGGAAAAGUCACUCAUUGCCUCACUAUGAUGGAUUUUUACUUCGGCUGGCUUAUGAUCUUGGUAAAAGGUUAUUGUUGGCUUUUGAUAAUAACAUGAAUGAGAAUUUUGAUCUGAACGGCAAGAAACGUACUGAUACCUCCGGGAUCCUAAUUCCUUUUCCGAGAACAAACUUGUUGAAAGGACCAAAGAAGGUUCCCAAGAAGAUCCAGACAGAGCAGUGUGUUUCAGGUGUGACUUCACUUAUUUUAGAGUUUUCGCUUCUUUCAAGGCUCUCUCACGAUCCUAUAUUUGAAGACAUUACUCGCCAGACGUUUCUAAAGGUCUGGUACUCAAGAUCCCCUCUCGAUCUUCUUCCUAUGACUAUUCAAACUAGCAAGUUUGCUUUCACAGAUCGCUUGACUGGUAUUGGAGCCUCUGUGGACUCCUUCUAUGAAUAUGCAUUGAAGUAUUCCAUUCUAUUUGACGAUGAGCAAUUUUACCAAAUAUGGUCCAAAUCCUAUAAGGCAUUAUUGACACAUUCACAAAACACUUCAGGAUUUUUUGCCAAUGUGAAUGUGGCCACUGGAAUGGAGGCUAGUGAGUGGAUUGAUUCAUUGGGUGCAUUUUUUCCAGGCUUGCAGGUACUUGCGGGUGACGUAAAGAAUGCUGUUCGGUUGCAUAAGGUGUACAUGAAGCUCUGGAACUAUUAUGGUGCCAUUCCUGAACGCUGGAAUUACAAUACUCAACGUCCACAAUCCCUCUUCAAAUAUCUUGGAAGACCUUAUAGGGAAGGAGACACUCUUGAAGAUGUGGACAUAUCGUCCACAGAUGAAGUGCUUCUAAGAAGUUCAAUAGCAUUAGAAUGGUAUCCGUUGAGACCAGAACUUGCAGAGUCUACUUAUCAUCUUUAUAGAGCUACUAAGGAUCCAUUUUAUCUUCGCGUGGGUGAAGCUAUUCUCAAAAGGUUUAGAGAGGAGUUUAUUGCGCCUUGUGGAUUUGGUGGAGUUCUUGAUAUCCGAAGCGGUGCACGCCAAGAUCGCAUGGAGAGCUUUGUGCUUAGUGAAACAUUGAAGUACUUGUAUUUGUUGUUUGAUGAGAGCAAUGAAUUGAAUCAGAAUGGUAAUGGCAACCUGAUUUUUUCUACGGAGGGGCAUCCGUUUUGGUACGAUAAGAAAGUCAAGGAAUACAGUGGAAUAGAUCUUGUUUCUGAGGUUAAGAAAGGGGUGAAUGAAAGUAACUGUGAAAGCUCUUUUCUUAAACUUUUUAGUGAAACUAAUUGGGAUCUACAGUUUGAAGACUCAUUUGCUAGUUUUAAGAGCAAUUUCUAUGAGUAUGCCCAGGAUAAUUGGACAGAGAUAUUCGUAACGAGGAGUGUUCAGCAGUAUUUCCAAUCUCAAGGAUUGGGAAAUCUAUCUGAAGGUCAGAGAGCACUAGUUGACCUAAAUCUUUACAGAAAAAUUACUCCGUUAUUUGAGGAGAAGCUGCAUAAAAUUGGACCUGCUACAGAUGCCAAUCUAGUUUUAGAUCGAGAUUAUUUGAAAUUAGAAAAAUGCCAAACAAAGGCUGCCACGGAGUUUAUUUAUUCAACUGUUUUCAGUAGGGACCCUUCUUUUUACCAUUUGGAUGAUGCAUAUUCUAUUACGUUGAGAAGGCCGGAAUAUCUCUCCCAAAACCAGAAUCUGGAGUUAGAACUAGAGCCAGAUUUUUAUGAUAAAUUUACUGCUGGUAAUUCCGUGUGUAAUGCGUCUCCAGACAGUUCGAUCUUUGAGGCUGUCAUGGAUAAUGGAGGUCUUUUCCACCGGGCGAAAAUUAGUCGGGUAGAGAGAAGAAACGACAGCAAAAGUUUAGGUCUCUAUAUUGAGGAUUUAGCAGGGUUCCGAAGCGUUUUUGAAUCAGUUGAAGAUGGCGAUUUGGAUGUUCACGGAGAAUACGUAAACGAGGACAGCUUGAAGCAAUUCAACUGUACGGAAAAAUUAUUCCGAGUGCUUAAAAUCAAUGGGUAUUGGGUUCCUGAAGGAGAGACAAUUUGGGUCAGCUCCAAUUCGAAGAGAUUGAAUAUCAGCGAGGGAAUUGAGUAUAAUGAUGGUGGUGUUAUAUUAGUGAAUAGCAUCCCGGUAGAGAACAUGAAAGUAUGGAAUGAGAGAUGA